AUGGAUUCACCAUUGUUGACAUUGGUCUUUCUUGGUUUGGGGAUUUUCCUGGGUAUUUUCUCUCCAACCGUGCAGUCUGAAGAAAAUCUGAGUCCUGGAUCAGAAUCUCCACCAACUACUCAGUCGCCGCCGCCAUUUCCUCCUCCGCCAUCGUCCCCUCCUCCGCCGCCACCUGGAUCUUCCCCCCUUCCUCCUCCUCCGCCUUCCCCUAGAUCAUCACGUCCACCACCGCCGACUCCGCCGUCACCACCUCCACCUUUUCCCAAUCGCCCGCCACCGCCGAGGACAGCCCAUCACACUGCUGCGAAGUCGCCGCCUCGAGAUAACAACAGAAAGAAAGAAUCACAGAGCGAAAGCGGCCAUGGAAAAGCAAGCCCAGUUUCCAAAGAAAACCUCAAUUUGGGGAAGAAAAUUGGCUUGAUGUUUGCGGGUAUUGUGGGUAUAAUGCAAGUUGGUGUGGUGGCAUUGUUACUGAUCAAGAGACAACAACUGUUGAAGAACAACGGUAGAUACUAA